AAAAGCGGAAGACCAAAAUGAGAAGACCAAAGAGUCGUAGAGCACUGGGAGAGAGAGAGAGAGACAGAGGGGCGGCUGAGGCUGAAUCGGAGCUGAGCUGAGAGAGAGAGGGACAUGUCGGGAGGCAUAGCGCGCGGCCGCCUCACUGAGGAGCGGAAAUCAUGGCGCAAGAACCACCCCCACGGCUUCGUGGCCAAGCCGGAGACUGUCGCUGAUGGGUCUGUCAAUUUGAUGGUUUGGCAUUGCAUCAUUCCCGGGAAGGCUGGGACGGACUGGGAAGGUGGGUACUUUCCACUUACCCUCCACUUCACUGAGGAUUACCCGAGCAAGCCUCCGAAGUGCAAGUUUCCUCAAGGGUUCUUCCACCCUAAUGUCUACCCAUCUGGUACUGUGUGUCUGUCGAUCCUCAAUGAGGAUAGUGGCUGGAGACCCGCUAUAACAGUGAAGCAGAUCCUGGUGGGGAUUCAGGAUCUGCUGGAUCAGCCAAAUCCUGCUGAUCCUGCACAAACUGAUGGGUAUCAACUCUUCAUUCAGGAUCCAGUGGAGUACAAGAGAAGGGUGAAGCAACAAGCCAAGCAAUAUCCGCCUCUUGUUUAGAUAUGUAGGGCAAGCGUUUUAUUGACAUCUCUUAGCUGGGAAUUUCAUGGUAGAUGCACUGCCUUCUUUUUCUAAUUAGUCGGGGAACUUUCAUGUCUUUCGUGACCAUGAAAGUAGCUAGGCUUUAAUGAACGGUUAUCCAAUAUAUGCAGCUUAUUGACAGACAAUGAAAGGAACUGUGAAAAGCUUGAAUUGGCUAAGUUUUUCAGCUCGAGAAAAUUACAGUCU